UCGUGUACACAAGGAAAACGCCGACUUACUGAUGCAAAGCAACAGUCAACAAUGAGGAAAUCCGAAGGACACCGAACUGAAAAACCUGAUCAAAAAGGUGAUCAACUCCAAGUUGACGACAAAAAAUCCGGAACCUGGACACACGGGAAGUGUAUUGAAUGUGGAAAGAAUGUUUAUUUUACGCAGAAAUGCAGUCGUUGUAUGAAAAUGAAUUUCUGUUCCAGUAAAUGUCUACGUCAGAAUUGGAGAGGACAUAAGCCGUAUUGUGCUGCUGUCAAGGAGGAAGAUUCCAAAAUCAAUACAACAGAUGGACUACAACCACAGGGAGCCUUUGUAUCAGGGGCUACAAUAGAUGAAGUACGACCACAGGAAGCCUUUGUAUCGGGGACCACAACAGAAGAUGUAGUACGACCACAGGAAGCCUUUGUAUCGGGGACCACAACAGAUGAAGUACGACCACAGGAAGCCUAUGUAUCGGGGACUACAACAGAUGAAGUACGACCACAGGAAGCCUUUGUAUCGGGGACUACAACAGAUGAGGUACGACCACAGGAAGCCUUUGUAUCGGGGACUACAACAGAUGUAGUACGACCACAGGAAGCCUUUGUAUCGGGGACUACAACAGAUGAUGUAGUACGACCACAGGAAGCCUUUGUAUCGGGGACCACAACAGAUGAAGUACGACCACAGGAAGCCUUUGUAUCGAGGACUACAACAGAUGAAGUACGACCACAGGAAGCCUUUGUAUCGGGGACUACAACAGAUGCAGUACGACCACAGGAAGCCUUUGUAUCGGGGACCGCAACAGAUGAUGUAGUACGACCACAGGAAGCCUUUGUAUCGGGGACUACAACAGAUGAAGUACGACCACAGGAAGCCUUUGUAUCGGGGACCACAACAGAUGAAGUACGACCACAGGAAGCCUUUGUAUCGGGGACUACAACAGAUGAAGUACGACCACAGGGAGCCUUUGUAUCGGGGACUACAACAGAGGAAGUACGACCACAGGGAGCCUUUGUAUCUGGGACCAGCAGACAAAUCGGGUUUCAAAAGGCAAAGAAACAAAGUCGGGGUACUUUUGUUAAUUCCACUCUGAUACAAUACAUUCCACAGAUCCGGCGCAAUCUUUGCGGAAUUCGAGAAACGUGUGCAUCAACAUAUUUUGUUGGUAUUAUAUCACGAAUCAAUGAAGAUUGCACAAAGUGCAUUAACUUGCAGGAUGAAAUUGGAAACGAAGUACAAGUGAUGUUUGUUCUUGAGAGAGAUGGCGGCAAGUUUCACUUCUGUUGGGAUGACGUAGUUCCGGGUCGUUAUCUGUGUAUAAAAGAUCCAUUCAUCGACUACUCUGAAAGGCUGAUGCUGGUAAAUCAGGCUUCAAAUGUUCGUAUUUUGAGUGUUAAGCUGGAUACUACAGGUAGAUGCAAUUAACUGGAAGGACCAGCAUGCAUCUAUUUUAAAUGAUUCAUGGAUGGAUAACUCAAAACUUUGUUACCGAAUUUACAAAACGUCAAAAAUGAAAGACAAAGCAAAAACGUUUUGAUCAUUUUCUUAUCAAAUAUUUUAUUCGACUCUUUAACAUGAUGUCACGCAUGUACGGAGACGAGUUUCACAACAUAGGCUAGGCGCACUGAAGUGCGACCAUACAGACAAACAGAAUUGGCGUGAAGAGAGAAAACCUGGAAGCUGUAGAGAAUGACGCUAUAAGGAUUCAGACAAUUUAAAUAUUUUUUUUUCUUAUUAUCAUAGUUCAACAAAAAAGUGCAUGUAUAUAUAUAUGUAGGAGUAUAAUAAAACAUGUUUAAACCAAGAGGUCUGGCUAUAUAAUUAUGUGGUAUUUUUAUGUUUGCAUCAAGUCACGUGUUG